AUGGGGUUAAAUGAGGACUUGAAGGCCAACCCUCCAUGCCAUCCUCUCGCUUGCGCCAUCCAAGACUGUCUGACCAGAAAUGGCUACAAGGAGGAGAGGUGCCAGUCUAUAAUCAUUGCCUUGUACGAGUGCUGUGAGGCUUUCUACCAGUCUAAGGGCGACAAUGCGACGACAGUCAGCUGUCCCAAGCCUGACCUGCUACAGUUGAAGCUCAGAAGGCUCCGCGAGGGUUCGCAACAGCAGUGA